UAGAUGCUAAAACGACGGGGAGGGGCGGUUGGUUUCGGAUUUUGUAGCUAGCUGGUAUCAACCGAUCGAAAUCGUUACCCGAAAUCCGUCAUUUCUCCGACUGUCGUCGCUAACAACCAUUGUUAUUGGAUGAAUUCGGCAUGGAGAAGGUAGCGGAGCCGUCUUGGACUUCUUCGUACACCUAUCAGGUGAGCAAGCACAGUGCGGAGAUGCUACACAACCUCAACAUUCAGAGGAAAGAUGGAGGCAGGUUCUGCGAUGUGAUCCUACGCGUCGGCGAGGAGAGCUUCCCCGCACACAAAGCUGUGCUGGCCGCGUGCAGCGAGUAUUUCGAGUCGGUGUUCAGCCGCCAGACGGAGGGCGACGGCAAGGAGCUGGAGAUGCACACCAUCAGCCCCAAAGUUUUUAAAGACGUUUUGGACUUCGCGUACACCUCCAGGAUUGUGGUGCGGCUGGAGUGCUUCCCGGAGUUGAUGACAGCUGCCAAGUUUCUGCUGAUGCGGUCGGUCAUUGAGAUUUGUCAGGAGGUGAUCAAGCAGUCCAACGUACAGAUCCUCGUCCCGACCUCACGGGGAGGAGACGCCAGCCUGUUCCAGGCCACGGGGGCCACGGAGCUGGGUUUCCCUGUGGCGCAGCAGGAUCUGGUGAACGGCACGGCGAUGCUGGUGAACGGUCAGAGCUUUGCUAACAAUGCACAGAUGCAUGUGGAUGGCAGCGAAGACACCGCCGCCGUGUUACUGGAGGACGGCGGCGAGUCGUCGAUGCCGAUGCUGGAGCCCGUCGAAGGACUGUCGGUGUCCCCGUCAACGGAAAUACCGGGGAACACGUUUCAGCACGACGCUGGCUCCCCGGGGUCGAAGAGGAACAGGGGGAGACCAAAGAAAGCUGGUGGGGUCGUGGAGCCUGUACACUUUAACCACAGCACCCAGAAAGACAAUGGGCUGUUUCCGUGCGGGACCUGCGGUAAAGCUUUCACGGAGGCUUCCCGGUUGAAGAACCACGAAGCGCAGCACGGAGCCCACAACAACAACAACAACAACAACGUCGGUGACAGCCUGUCAGCAGCGGGCAGCAUUUCCAUAAUGUCUCAGCCCGGGCUGGUGGAGAACGGCGUGCAGCUACACGGAGGGCUGACGCUGGAUAACGGCCGCAAACGGGAGAGGACCAGGCGGCAUGUGGGCUGUGAUAUUUGCGGUAAAGUUUUCCGCGACGUGUACCACCUGAACCGACACAAGCUCUCCCACUCCGGGGAGAAGCCGUACGCGUGCCAUGUGUGUGGGCUCCGGUUCAAACGCAAGGACAGGAUGUCAUACCAUGUGCGGUCCCAUGACGGGUCAGUCGGCAAACCUUAUGUGUGCCAAAGCUGUGGUAAAGGUUUUUCAAGACCAGACCACCUGAAUGGACAUAUCAAACAGGUUCACACAACAGAGAGACCCCACAAGUGCCAGAUUUGUAAUGCCUCUUUUGCCACAAGAGAUCGCCUCCGGUCACACCUUGCAUGCCAUGAGGACAAAAUCCCCUGCAAAGUUUGUGGCAAGUUCCUGCGAGCUGCCUACAUGACGGACCACCUCAAGAAACACAGUGAAGGGACGCAUAACUACUGUGGCAUCUGCAACAAAGGUUUCUCCACUGCGUCCUACCUUAAGGUGCAUAUAAAGACACACCAUGGCUCUCCACUGCCCCCCUCUGCCACAAUGCACACCUUCCCUGAGCCAAGGGGGGAGCUGCAGAUGCACAACGGCACCCCUUACCACAUGGGACGCCAGUGCUCAGUGGAAGACCUGUGCGCCAGUCGCCAGCUGCUUCUCACCUCGUCUGAGGCAGAGGGUCGCUUUCAUGGGCUCACUGGACACCCAGUUCUUCCCCAGCCUGGCCCUCCAGCCUUGGGCCUGCAGCCUGAGCUGCUCUUGGGGAAGGCAGGUGGGGCUCCAUAUUUCUGGGAUUGUCGCUCUGGCGGGGUGCCUGGCUUCCCCGUCCAUGGGCCUGCUGCAGACGGGCAGGAAAACGCUGGGAAGUGUCCUCAUCUGGAGUCAGAAGAAUCAGAUCCUUCAUUUGGGGAACUGUCCAAUGGCGACGAGCUUAAAUCUCCACACAAACCUGACGGGCCGGAGCUCGAGAUGCCCUCUCUGGCCUGUAACGGAGCCUCCGCGGGGGCCUUGGGCUCUCCAGAGGGAUCUAAAGCCAAGACGGACCCUGAGAAGAAGUUUACCUGCGGCAUCUGCGGUCAGGCCUUCCGCACCAAGUCCUACCUCAACAAGCACCAGCACAGAGUUCACAAAGCCCAGAAGGCUCAGGGGGUUUCAGGAUCGGGCUUGAAUGAGCUGGCCCCCUCCCUGACCUCUCCCUUCUCCCCUCAACAAAACAUGUCCCUGCUGGAGUCUUUUGGCUUUCAGAUAGUCCAGUCUGCUUUCGCCUCUUCACUGGUGGAUGCUGAGGCGGGUCAAAGUGGAAUCGACUUCGGAGGGAAGUGACACAUUUACUGAAGUUCUUGCAAAGCCUCUCAUUUUUAGGACAAAGCCGGGUUGCCCACAGAAGAUGCUCUGUAUUUGGGAAUAACUUUGCCUCAAGGCUACUCUUUCUGUUUGUUACGUCGCUUAAUGUGUAUCCGAUAUUUUUGUCACAGACUGCCAUAUGAUUCCUACUUUUUCUACCUUUUCAGAGUAUGAAAAGUGCGUGCACGGUGUUUAAAUUUUCUUUAUAAAGAAACAACAUGAAGGUUUUAUUUCCUUUAUCUGACGUGGAUCUGUCGAAGUUAUGUUUGGUAUUCCCUCAGUUGUUUUUUGGCUUGUGUGUUAUUGAGCUUUCUUAGCUGCACAAAUGUUUCUUGACAUGAGACGAAUUAUUUACUGCAACCUUAAAACGAGUAGUAAGUAACUACUUAUUGUCCGUUCGCCCACUUUAACUGCUCUGAUGUACCCGGUGAAUUGACCCUCGGCCACUACAGUGAUUUUAAUGCUUCGUAUUCUCCGUUUCCUUGAAGGCUGUAAACAUGUCUUUACCUCAGAGCAACAAGAGGGCUGAAUUCUGUACGUAUGUUGUGUCGGCUUCUUUUGAGAAGGAUUUUGAUUUUCUUAAGGACAGGGAUUUAAAUUGGACUCAGUUUUGAUUGCAGGUUUUCUUUUACUCUGUUAAUUAUUCUGAGAAACAUUCCUAACAAGCCCACGGCAUAUUUCAUGACAUGUUUAUUGUAAUUUUCUUCAGCUUCAUACAGAAGGUGUCGGUUUGCUGGCUACUGAGAAGCACUGACAGCUGUCAAGGACCUUAAUGAACUGCGGUUGAACUUUGAAUUUGAACUGUUACAGCAGCCACACAAAGCUCAUCUGGCACCAAAAAAUCUGGCAAAAAAUAACUCAAAACCUCACUGAAGAAAUUUACACCAUGUUGCUUUGUGCAUAAAAGGAGGUUUAUUUCUUGUGCCAACUUCAUUAGAUAUUAUGGAGACCCUGAAAUCCUGAAUUGGGAACAAGUUACUGUCUUGUUCUCAAAAGAUAUUUAACUUGCACGCACAAAAAUAUCACCUUUCAGGACAUAAGAGCCUCUGUAAGAUUUAAACAGUAAAAAGUCUGCAAAUUGAUUUAUUAAAACUAAAAGCUGUCCUGUCAGAAAUUAGAAAUACCUACAAAAUGUCAGUGGGAACAACUGUAUUUAUAUCAACAGUAGCACCACAGCUUGCUUUCUUUAAGUUUCUUUUUAAGUCCAGGUCUUUAAAAAUGUGCAUAUUCCUUCUAGAAGAAGCCUUUUUUCCAUUAUUUAAACAAAGUAGGGGGUGGUGUCAUUCACCAUUAUUGUAAGCAGUUGUGAAUCUUAACCAGAGAGCACUGAUCAGUCCCUCCAGGAUUUCGCAGGCUGUUUUUGGGAUUGUUGCGGCCUUAAAUGCCUGAUUUCGCGGCAGCUUUUCUAUAAAAUUGUGAUGUAUGUCGCAAUGUUUAUUGCAAUGUUUUUGGGUGCAGUGCAGUUGCAAAAACAGUUGUACUGCUGUGACAGAUUUUGAGCUUAUUUAUGAGCUUUCAUUGUUUCCCACAGAAUUAGAAUCUUAACUGUGAGUGUAGGGGUGCUGCCAUUUCACGCAGUCCUAAAUUCCCAUCAAGUUCAUCCUUCAGUGCGAUAAUACAGAAUUGCUAAAUCUCCCAAUAACAAGCUUAAUUUACAUGUCAUAUUUUCACAGAAAACUUUUUUUUGCAUUAGAGGCUCUCCUCCUGCUCUCUCUGCCUGAUUAGCGCGAGCUAACACACCACAACAUGAUCUCAAUCCUACUUGUUAUAUUUUGCCACUUGGGCAGAAGCCCCGCAGCAGCCGACACAUCCGACACCUAGCUGUUAAUCUCUCACAGACACCGAAAUGGCUUGACUCCAUUCAUUCACUCCUUGACUCCGCUAAAUCCAUUAAUACCUGUUGGGCAAAGUUAGCUGUGUGAUGCUAACAGUUAGUCCUGUAACCGUGUGUUAGUUUCAUGAUAAACAGAGAGAGGGAUCAGUUUGCUGCAUUCAAUUCUGCAAAGAAAUGCAAUUUUACUUGUUUUAAAUAGUCAAAUUUGCAGUAAAGUUGAAAUUAUUGGACAACAUUGCGAGGUCACGCAGAAUUUGCAGGGAUUGGCUGAAUUUGCGUCAAUUGUGUAUAUCGCAACAUCUCAAAAUCCUGGAGAGACUGAUUAAUGUGAUAGCUGGAGGGAUUUGUUCUAAAAUGGAGCAGAUCUGUUUGAUUCGAAAAGCUCUAUCAGUUUUUGAUUUGAUGAUUUGUAAAUAUUUUGUAAAAAAAAAAAAGAAGGAAGAAUUAAGGAGAGGAAAGCCAUUAUUACUAUGAUCUAUAUCCUGUGUACAGGAAUACUUUUGAAAAUAAUUUUCCCAGGUUCCCACUUUUUUUUAACCUGUAACUGUAGUCUUGGAUCAUGCCCUGAGCCUGUUAGGAAUGAGCUUUGUAUCCCCCCCCUAAAAUGAUAAAGUUUCCAAGCCUGGUUUGUUGGGUAUGAAAUCAGUUGUGUACAUUCAACAGGGACCAAGGUCAGGUAUAUUUUCAGUAUAUAUUUUUAGAAAUGUAGAUUAUAUUUUAUUAACUUAUUCAUGCCCUCUGUUUUGUGUACAGGUUUUUUUUUUAAUUGUCAAACAAAAAUCUUGUGAUUUGCUCGUUUUGAUAUUUUUCACUCUAAAUUAUGUUCAAUGGAGAUGUGUGGGUAUGUGUGUUUGUGUGUUGUGCAGCAACAAGGGGGGGUUAGAAGAAGGAGCCACACCCUGAUCCACCAGCCUCUGAACCGACCAAACGUAAUGCUUCUUUUACAGAGCCAAGUCAUUACGCUCACUUUAUUUCUUCCUCUUCAUCACCUGCACUUCCUGUGUUGCUCACCCGCCUCCUGUCAGAUUUGCUUGUGCUGUUAGUACAUGACAUGUCUUGUGUUUGCACUAAUGGUCCCUAGUUUUAGGUGCAAGCUUUCCAUCCGAGUGUCUUGCAGUGAAAAUGUGUUUGAUCCAAAAAGACAUUCCUUUGAUGAGAACAGACUUAAUUGAAUGGUUCCUUAAAUCGGUGCACAAUAGGAGCCUCACAUCCACCCUGCUGCGCUGCUUAGUUUGAUUUGAAAUCGUCCUCCACUGUAAUGAAAAGGCUUCUACGCUGCUGAAAUGGUUUUCUAUUGUAAAGGGAACUCUAGUAUUUUUUAGCCUGCACCCUAUUUUCCCAUUUUUUGUGUCUAAGUGACUCACGGGAACACUGAUUUCCAGUAUUAAGAGAGUGCUGCAGCUGGCAGUGGCGUCACAGGCUGCAGUGUAAACGCUCGGGGCAUUUGCACUUUGUCAUGAGUACUUGUGUUUGCCACAGACAGGCUCAAAUUGUUAAUCUGAUUGUCUGACAACAUUACUAAAAAGAUCCUACACCUUCUGUACCUUAUGCUUAUUCCUGUCUGUUUUGUGUCCAGGUCUCGCUCAAGGAGAAGUCUCGUUCUGAAAUCUCAAGGACUUUUUUUUU